AUGACACCAAGUAUUGUUUCAAUAGGGUCGAAGGGAGGUAUACCGGACUGUCCAGAACGCAAGAGGGGGUGCCCUCAUGUCAAACCCGAGUGUGCAUGCGAGACUUUCCGUAUUCAUAAUGGCAAGCAGUGUCGAGGUUGUGAUGAAGAAGACUGUGCCAAACGUCUUCUUAUUGACAAUCUUCAAUGGAAACACUUAAUGGCAGAACUUGACAAACAUACUCCAGGAGGCAAAGCAAAAGCUGCAUCGGCCUCAUCUGGAAACGUUGUCGGUUCUAAGUCUUCAGCGGGUUCUGGAGGCGGGCAGUGGUGGGAAGAACCAAAGGCUGCUAACAUGUUAUCGAAAACCGGUACAGCAACAUGUAAUGCAAAAUCUGGUGUUGGAUGUGGCAAAGUUGGUAUAGGCAAAUCUAGUUCCACAAAGAAACCAAGUGCAGUAAAACAGGGUCCCGGUGGGGUUAAAGGACAACAUGCAGGUAAAUUAGCAACAGGAGGUGCCGGGUUCGGUAAAGGUUCUACUGGUGGUAAAGGACUUUAUGUAGGCAAAUCGGCAUUAGGCGGACCAGGUGGCAAAGGAAAAUCUGGUUUAGCAAAGAAACCAAAAGGAGGAAAGAAGGGUUCAUUAGCAGGAGGUGCCGGGUUCGGUCAAGUUUCUAGUGGCAAUAAAGGACUUGGUGUAGGCAAAUCGGCAUUAGGCGGACCAGGUGGUAAAGGAAAAUCGGGUCCAGCAAAGAAAUCAAAAGGUGGGAAGACGGGGUUAUCAGCAGGAGGUGCCGGGUUCGGUAAAGGUUCCAGUGGCAAUAAAGGACUUAAUGUAGGCAAAUCAGCAUUAGGCGGACCAGGUGGUAAAGGAAAAUCUGGUCCAGCAAAGAAAUCAAAAGGAGGAAAGAAGGGUUUAUCAGCAGGAGGUGCCGGGUUCGGUCAAGUUUCUAGUGGCAAUAAAGGACUUAAUGUAGGCAAAUCAGCAUUAGGCGGACCAGGUGGUAAAGGAAAAUCGGGUCCAGCAAAGAAAUCAAAAGGAGGAAAGAAGGGUUUAUCAGCAGGAGGUGCCGGGUUCGGUCAAGUUUCAAGUGGCAAUAAAGGACUUGGUGUAGGCAAAUCGGCAUUAGGCGGACCAGGUGGUAAAGGAAAAUCGGGUCCAGCAAAGAAAUCAAAAGGAGGAAAGAAGGGUUUAUCAGCAGGAGGUGCCGGGUUCGGUCAAGUUUCAAGUGGCAAUAAAGGACUUGGUGUAGGCAAAUCGGCAUUAGGCGGACCAGGUGGUAAAGGAAAAUCGGGUCCAGCAAAGAAAUCAAAAGGAGGAAAGAAGGGUUUAUCAGCAGGAGGUGCCGGGUUCGGUCAAGUUUCAAGUGGCAAUAAAGGACUUGGUGUAGGAAAAUCGGCAUUAGGCGGACCAGGUGGUAAAGGAAAAUCGGGUCCAGCAAAGAAAUCAAAAGGAGGAAAGAAAGGCUCAUCAACAGGAAGUGCUGGGUUCGGUAAAGGCUCUAGUGGCAAUAAAGGACUUGAUGUAGGCAAAUCGGCAUUAGGCGGAAAAGGUGGCAAAGGAAAAUCGGGUCCAGCAAAGAAAUCAAAAGGAGGAAAGAAAGGCUCAUCAGCAGGAAGUGCUGGGUUCGGUCAAGUUUCAAGUGGCAAUAAAGGACUUGGUGUAGGCAAAUCGGCAUUAGGCGGGAAAGGUGGCAAAGGAAAAUCUGGUUCAGCAAAGAAAUCAAAAGGAGGAAAGAAGGGUUUAUCAGCAGGAGGUGCCGGGUUCGGUCAAGUUUCAAGUGGCAAUAAAGGACUUGAUGUAGGCAAAUCGGCAUUAGGCGGAAAAGGUAGCAAAGGAAAAUCAGGUCAAGCAAAGAAAUCAAAAGGAGGAAAGAAAGGCUCAUCAACAGGAAGUGGUGGGUUCGGUAAAGGCUCUAGUACCAAUAAAGGACUUGAUGUAGGCAAAUCGGCAUCAAGCGGAAAAGGUAGCAAAGGAAAAUCUGGUCAAGCAAAGAAAUCAAAAGGAGGAAAGAAAGGCUCAUCAACAGGAGGUGCCGGGUUCGGUAAAGGUUCUACUGGUGGUAAAGGACUUGAUGUAGGCAAAUCGGCUGUAGGCGGAAAAGGUAGCAAAGGAAAAUCUGGUUCAACACAGAAAUCAAAAGGAGGAAAGAUAGGCUCAUCAACAGGAAGUGCCGGGUUCGGUAAAGGCUCUAGUGGCAGUAAAGGACUUGAUGUAGGCAAAUCAGCAUCAGGCGGAAAAGGUAGCAAAGGAAAAUCUGGUUCAACACAGAAAUCAAAAGGAGGAAAGAAAGGCUCAUCAAAAGGAAGUGGUGGGUUCGGUAAAAGUUCCGGUGGAAGUAAAGGUCACGAUGUAGUUAAGUCGGCAUUAGGUGGAAAAGGAGGCAAAGGAAUAUCUGGUUCAGCAAAGAAAUCAAAAGGAGAGAAAAAAAGUUCUUCAACAGGAAGCGGUGGUGUCGGUAAACAUUCCGGUGGUAGUAAAGGACAGGAUGUAGUCAAAUCGACAUUAGGUGGAAAAGGAGGCAAAGGGAAAUCUGGUUCAACAAAGAAAUCGAAAGGAGGAAACAAGGGUUCUUCGUCAGGAAGCGGCGGGUUUGGUCAAACUUCCGGGGGCAGUAAAGGACACGAUGUCGUUAAAUCGACAUUGGGCGGAAAAGGAGGCGAAGGAAAAUAUGGUUCAACAAAGAAAUCGAAAGGAGGAAAGAAGGGUUCUUCAUCAGGAAGCGGCGGGUUUGGUCAAACUUCCGGGGGCAGUAAAGGACACGAUGUCGUUAAAUCGACAUUGGGUGGAAAAGGAGGCGAAGGAAAAUAUGGUUCAACAAAGAAAUCGAAAGGAGGAAAGAAGGGUUCUUCAUCAGGAAGCGGCGGGUUUGGUCAAACUUCCGGGGGCAGUAAAGGAAACGAUGUUGUUAAAUCGACAUUGGGCGGAAAAGGAGGCGAAUGGGGACAAUCUGGUUGGGGAAAUAAAUUAAGUGGAGGAAAGAAGAGCUCCACAACAGAAAGUAAGGGAUCUGGAAACAAACACAUGAUAAGUUUUGGAAGUAAUAAAGCUAACAAACUUGUAAAGAGUGCAUCGUCAAAAAGCAUUCAGAGUAGCAAGGGAUCAUACCAUGACUUCAAGGCCACUAAAAGCUAUGGACUUAAAAAUGUAAAGGGUAGCAAAUCUUCGAAGAGUUCAAAAAGUGUUUCCAAAAGUUGUAAGGGCAAAAAAGGUUGUAAGAAAGGUAAGGUUUAUAAGUUUGGCAAAAGUUGUAAAGGCAAGAAAGGAUGCAAAAAAUAUAAGAUGUGGAAAUCUUGGAAAAGCUGUAAGGGAAAGAAAGGCAAGAAAAGCUGCAAGAAAUGGAAAAAGGGGAGUUAUAAAAGCAUUAAAUCCAGCAAAGGGAAGAAAGGUAAAUCCGGCAAAGUGAAGAAAGGUAAAUCCGGCAAAGGAAAGAAAGGUAAAUCCGGCAAAGUGAAGAAAGGUAAAUCCGGCAAAGUGAAGAAAGGUAAAUCCGGCAAAGGAAAGAAAGGUAAAUCCAGCAAAGUGAAGAAAGGUAAAUCCAGCAAAGUGAAGAAAGGCAAAUCCAGCAAAGGGAAGAAUAGUAAAUCCGGCAAAGGGAAUAAAGGUAAAUCCGGCAAAGUGACGAAAGGUAAAUCCGGCAAAGGGAAUAAAGGUAAAUCCGGCAAAGGAAAGAAAGGUAAAUCCGGCAAAGGGAAGAAAUAUAAAAAAUGGAGUGGCAAGGUCUCAUCAAAGUGGUACAAAUCCGCAAAAGGAAAAAGUUUCGGCGGGUAUAAAUCUGGAAAAGGCAAAAGUGAUGGAGGAUCUGAUAGCAGUGAUAGUAGUUCGUCAGAGGAAGAAGACACCGGUUCAAAAUAUGAUGGAGGUUCUGAUAGUAGCGAUAGUGAUUCUUCGGAGGAAGAACACGCUGGGAAAUCUGGUAAAGGCAACAGCGGAGGAAGUUCCGAUAGCAGUGAUAGCGAUUCUUCAGGCUAUGAUAAUGGCGGUAAAUCUGGUAAAGGCAACAAUGGAGGAAGUUCCGACAGCAGUGAUAGCGAUUCUUCAGAUGAUAGCAACAGUGGUGGAAGUUCCGAUAGCAGUGAUAGCGAUUCUUCAGGCGAUGAUGAUGGCGGUAAAUCUGGUAAAGGCAACAGCGGAGGAAGUUCUGAUAGCAGUGAUAGUAGUUCGUCAGAGGAAGAAGAAGCCGGUUCAAAAUAUCAUGGAGGUUCCGAUAGCAGUGAUAGUGAUUCUUCAGAGGAAGACCUCGGGGGAAAAUCUGGUAAAGGCAACAGCGGAGGAAGUUCCGACAGCAGUGAUAGCGAUUCUUCAGACGAUAGCAACAGUGGCGGCAGUUCCGAUAGCAGUGAUAGCGAUUCUUCAGGCGAUGAUGAUGGCGGUAAUGAUGGCGGUAAAUCUGGUAAGGGCAACAAUGGAGGAAGUUCCGACAGCAGUGAUAGCGAUUCUUCAGACGAUAGCAACAGUGGCGGCAGUUCCGAUAGCAGUGAUAGCGAUUCUUCAGGCGAUGAUGAUGGCGGUAAAUCUGGUAAAGGCAACAAUGGAGGAAGUUCCGACAGCAGUGAUAGCGAUUCUUCAGACGAUAGCAACAGUGGCGGCAGUUCCGAUAGCAGUGAUAGCGAUUCUUCAGGCGAUGAUGAUGGCGGUAAAUCUGGUAAAGGCAACAAUGGAGGAAGUUCCGACAGCAGUGAUAGCGAUUCUUCAGACGAUAGCAACAGUGGCGGCAGUUCCGAUAGCAGUGAUAGCGAUUCUUCAGGCGAUGAUGAUGGCGGUAAAUCUAGUAAAGGCAACAAUGGAGGAAGUUCCGACAGCAGUGAUAGCGAUUCUUCAGACGAUAGCAACAGUGGUGGAAGUUCCGAUAGCAGUGAUAGCGAUUCUUCAGGCGAUGAUGAUGGCGGUAAAUCUGGUAAAGGCAACAGUGGAGGAGGUUCCGACAGCAGUGAUAGCGAUUCUUCAGACGAUAGCAACAGUGGUGGAAGUUCUGAUAGCAGUGACAGCGAUUCUUCAGACGAUAGCAACAGUGGCGGAAGUUCCGAUAGCAGUGAUAGCGAUUCUUCGGAUGAAGAAGAAGACUAUGGUAGAUCUGGUAAAGGUAAAGGUGGAGGAAGUUCCGAUAGCAGUGACAGCGAUUCUUCAGAUGAAGAAGAGGACAACAGUCAUAAGUAA